GAUGCUUCAUCAUAUUGGUAGUAAGCCUAUUCGUGAGAUCAUUUAUCAAAAGGGCGGAAAAGAUGGCAACCCACCGGAUUUGGCAACAAUUUUCUUUGAGACCCGUAAGAAAGAUAACAAGCUUGUUGAACCUGAAGCAAUUGAAAAACAUGCUCAAAUCGAAGAAAUAGUUCAAGCAGAUCCAUCUCUACCUAGCAUAGAGAUUGUAGAAAAAUAUUGUGGACCUCAAACUCGUAGCCAUGUAUUUGGCUUUGGGGGUGGAGUGAAGGCGAAAGACUUGAAAGGUGGAACUUCUUCAAAGGCUGAAUUACUGUCCGAGCUACGUUCAACUCGAGAAGAAAAUAAAUCUUUGAAUGAGGAAAACAAAUCCUUGAAUGAGCGCUUGUCUACCUUAGAAUAUGAGAUGAAAGAAAUGAGGAAAAUGAGAGAGUACUUUGCUUCUCAACAAUCACAUGUCCCGCUUACAACGACAUCGCCCGUUUCAACUGAAUGACCUCUGAUUUUGUCUGCUGACCAACCUUGUUGAUGUUGCUGGAUAACACCUUGUGAAUUUAGACUGCUUUUGGGGUUUUGAAGAUUGAAGCUACAAGUCAAGAUGCAAG